AUGAUUCUCAGGAGUAAAACACUCGCUGCUGGUUCAGCCCUGGUCGCUGUAGCUUGUGCGUCGCAACCUGGAGCUAUCGAGCCUAUCCCGGGUCCCAUGAGAGACCUUACUUGGGGUCAGCUCAACUUUAUCCACACAACUGAUACCCAUGGCUGGAUUGGCGGUCACUUUCAGGAGCCCCAAUACUCUGCCGACUGGGGAGAUUACAUCUCUUUCACCAAGCAUAUGCGCAAGCAGGCCGAUGAGCAAGGAAGCGACCUUCUAGUCAUCGACACUGGCGAUCGCAUCGAAGGCAACGGCUUGUACGAUGCAUCCUCCCCCAAGGGUCUUUUCCAGUACGAUAUCUACGCCGAAGCCGACAUCGACAUCCUCUGCACUGGCAAUCAUGAACUCUACAAGGCCUACUCGGCUGAUAAGGAGCACAACACCACCGUUCCAAACUACAAGGGCAAAUAUCUCGCUUCCAACCUAGACUACAUCGACUUCAAGACUGGCGAUCGUGUUCCCCAAGCUCAGCGCUACAAGAAGUUCAAGACAAAGAACCAAGGUCUCGAAAUUGUGGCUUUUGGCUUCCUUUUCGACUUUACAGGAAAUGCCAACAACACCGUUGUUCAGCCUGUGGAAGACACCAUCAAGGAGGAUUGGUUCCAAGAGGCUAUUCGGGAGAAGCCGGAUCUCUUCGUUGUCAUUGGUCAUGUUGGUCUUCGCAUGGAGGAGUUCAAGGUCAUCUUUACCGCCAUUCGAAAACAGAACUGGCAUAUCCCCAUUGCCUUCUUCGGCGGCCAUGCACACGUUCGUGAUGCUGUUCAGUACGAUUCCAAGGCAUUUGCGAUAGCCAGCGGUCGAUAUUUUGAGACCAUUGGAUGGAUGUCAAUCGACGGGAUCAGCAAGGGCGGCACUAAGGAGGUCGAGGCCGCUGCUUCACCCACCUUUACGCGACGAUACAUCGACAACAAUCUCUACGGACUGCACUACCACACCGGCCUGAAUGAGUCUACUUUCCCCACUGCAGAUGGCAAGAGAGUCACUCAGAUGAUCACUCGUGCUCGCAAGGCUCUUCAGCUCGAUUACAAGUUUGGUUGUGCGCCAAAGACCCUCUGGAUGACAAGAACCAAGCAUACGGAUGAGGAUAGCAUUUACUAUUGGAUCUCCAAUCAGCUUUUGCCUGAUAUUAUCACUCGCAAGGAUCGCAAGGACAAGGCUAGACUGGCCAUCUUCAACACUGGCGGUAUUCGAUUCGACAUCUUCAAGGGCGGUUUCACGCGGGAUAGCACAUAUGCUGUCAGCCCCUUUACCAGCGGCUUCAGCUACAUCCCCGACGUCCCGUACAAGGCUGCUUCCAAAGUUAUCGAUCUCUUGAACAGCGCCGGAAGGAUCUUGUCAGAAAACGGUGCAGAUGUUAAAUUCUUGGCUAUGCCUGAGCAGGCAUUCCCUGCUCCAGCCAUGGAGGCUAUGUUUGAGGCUAAUAAGGAGGAUGAGGACGAGAAGCGUCUUGAACUAAGGAGUUUCCUUGACAAACCUGACCUGACCUCUGGAUACACAACCAAAGACGAUAUCGGCACUGAUGGUGAUGACACUAUUCAUGAGCCUCUCAAGUUUUACGAGCAACCCAACUGUAUUCAAGCUGAGAUCAACAUGCCUUCGAAGGGCGAUCCGGAGACGGUUGACUUUGUCUUCCUUGACUUUAUUCAGCCUUGGAUCAUCCCUGCCCUGAAGUUUGCUGGCGCAGGUGAUUACAGUGAUGCUGAUGUUCAGCGAUACAUUGAUGGUACUUUCACCUACCAUAUGGCGCAGUGGAUUAGCAAGAACUGGCAGGGUGACUGCUAG